AUGUGUGCCGAUUCUUGCAAGCUGGAGAUAUGGCUCGACUGCCGAUUCUCCGGCACAGAGGGGCCGGCGCCCCUGGCCUGUGAUCGGCGGCUCCUUUAUAGCGGCGCCACAGCAGGGAAGCGUGACCUGGUCUGCGGUGCAGGAGGCCGUGUCGAGGAUUGCGAUGGUAAAGAAAUGGGCGUUCUGUUCAUCGGCACCGGGGGAGAAGUUCACAAGCAUGCCCUGGAGAUAAUGGGGAACGUUGACUGGGUUAUCCUACAGGCUGACUCCCUGGUUCCGUCGGGCGCGCUGUUGGCUGCCAGUAGCAGGCAUGGGACGCGGCUGGCGGUUGUGCUUAGCAACGAGCAGCACUUGGAGGAUUUCGAGCCGGCGUUACCGAGGACUGGUGCGUUGGUGGUCUCUGAUGACGUGUUGCUGAACAAAGCCAUGGUGAAGCGCAUGGCACUGAACAAAUCAGAGUCGCCGAUGCUGAACACGGUGUGCGGCGGCAUCUUUCUCCCUGCGGCGGAAGAGCUUAAGCUGGUCACUGUGGAGUCUGUAGAGGUCGUCAGUGGUGAAGCCGACAGAGUGUACCUGGACAUGAUCAGCAUGCUGCAAGAUGGUGAGGGUGCUCUGGUGGGCUCAACGGCAAAAGCUUUAUGUUUCAUUCAUGCAGACUCUGGAGGACGUGCUUUCAGAAUAAAUGCGGGCCCUGUGCACGCGUACGUGGCCCUGCCCGACGGACGCACCAAGUACUUGAGUGACGUCGAAGCUGGCGACCAGAUCUUGAUGGUGGACCUGGGAAGGGGUGGCGGAGGAGCACCUGCCAGCCGCAGUGUGAAUGUUGGCCGAUGCCAAGUGGAGAGGCGACAAGUUGCCCGAAUUCGAUUGCACUUUGAUGGAGAGCACAGUCAGUUGUUUCUUGAGUGGAUCGACACUGUUCGCCUUCAUGGUCGACACGCAUCCGGCGGUCCGGGCCAAGCAUGCUCCCCGCUGCCAAUCACGCAGCUUCGAGCAGGUGAUGAGAUCCUGGUCCAUUGGGCAAGUUCCAGUCCGGGCCUCGCUCGGCCGGCUUGUCAGGUUUCCAACCAAGUUGAGGUCCUCACCGUGGAGCGGCUGCGCAUGCAGAUGGAGGCCCGGCGCUCUCGGGACCGGGACUGCUUCGUUGCAGCUGAAAGUCCGAGGCUGCACCGGAAGGCAGCGUCAGAGGAGCGCGAAGAGGCGGAGUUUGUCGCAAGAAAAGCUUUGGGGCGAGCCUACGGCAAGGUGCUUGAGGAAACAGUGCUUCCGGAGAUUCUUUGCAGCAAAUCUCGGCAGUCAGAGGUCGCUGGAGUGGCCGCACAGCACGUCUUGGGGAGAGCAUACGACAAGGUGCUUGAGGACAUCAAAGUCCUUCCCCGCGAGCCCAGCGGACGCCAAGAUACCGUGGUGCUUGAGGAAAAGGUAGUCCUUCGAUGGGUAGCUAAAGACACCGUGGCUAGAGCGGUGACGGGCGCGCUUUGCAGGAUGCUUCCAGUACCCGGUUCUGCCGCAGGCGAGUGCACAGCACGGAUUCGCCAGGCAGGUGCGAAUGAUACGCAAAUCAGGGAACCUCUGCAUGCUGCUGCCAACAUGCUUUCCGACAGCAGGGCCACGGCUGCUGAUCCACGAGAACAGGAGGACGAGAUGGAGAUGACACCGACGAGCCAUCAAGAAGCGGAAGCUUGUCACAGGGAGUCGGAGCUGGAAAAGAGCACCUGUUGGGGUUCCACGUCGCCAGGGGACCACUCCACGGACGGAACUGGGCACGAGGUUUUGUCUUCAGCCUCCGGUCAGGAACCUGGCAUCGUUCCCAUGCAGGUUCCUCCUGGCUGGGACGUGAACCCAACUUCCAGCGGCAAAAGCGACGGCGGGCCAAAUGACUCGGAGCAGGUGGAGCUUGAGGAUGCCGAGGCCCUCGCGGAUGCAGAGGACCUUCAGCGUGAGCGAGUGGACAGGCGAACCAGAAUGUGGAAGCUGCGAAAGAUGCGGAGGGCGUGGCGCGUCUGGCGCACAGCCUGGGCCCAGCAUGCUUCCAGCUCCAGGGAAGGCGAAGAUGGCGAGGACGGCGAGGAGAGAGAAAGCGAAAGCGGGUUGGUCGAAGCGGUUUUGGACGCAGGCAACCAGCCAGCCGAGGUAGAAAGGUCGGUUGACAGCAGCGCGGAGGCAGAUGUGCUCGAGACGCCUGAGCCCAAAGAAGCGAAGCCUUCUGAGUCUGAGGUUCUGGAACUGGAAGCAGAUGCCACUAACACGGAAUGCAAAGAUACUCCGCAAGAUGCAGACGUCGCUCGCAGCUCGUCGAGGGAGCCUGUGGGGCCACUGCCGCCAGACGAGCUUGAGGCGAAGGAGCUUCGGACGCCUCGCAAAGAGGAGACUCGAAGUGGGGAUGCCCUGAAAGACGAUACAGACCUUUCAGAUGUGGAGCAUCACGACGGGUCAGCUCACAACAUUCCUCGCAUCCGGAAGCCUUUGGCCCCGCCACUGGUUCCGUGCGGUGACAUCGAUGCGUGGAGCACAAGGAGACGUGGGCAUCCUCACGGCCAGCAGUCUGCGUUUCUGACCUCAGCUCGAGAUUCAUGCGCAGACGUGGAGGGGCUCGGGCGAUGCCUUGUGGCCGGUCGCGAUUUCGAGCCAGGGGAAGAAAUCUUGAUGGAAGCCCCGCUGCUGGCAGCAGAUGCAGCUGACAUCGAAGCAGACCUGGCAGAUGCAGACUUGGCCAAUGAUGCAGAGAAAGCCCAGCCGUGGUCACGCGUGAAGGUGGAUGCUGCUGCAGUCAGGCGACUGCUUGGAUUGUUGCAGGCAUACGCUCGCUCGGAGCCCGAAGUCAAGCGGGCAGUUCUGGAACUGGAUGAUACUAUGGAAGCUGGGGCGGCGGCCUGCCUUGUUCGAAAGCUCGCUGCUCUCUUGUCGGAAGGGGGCUUUUGCCCGCGGAUGCGCAAGAUGGAACUGCACUGUGUGAUGUACAUGCUGCUCCAACGUCGCCUCCGGCAAAUCUUCAUCUCUUCAACCCGAGGCUUUAGCUGCAAAUGCUCCCGCUGUACCUUGGAGCAGGACAUCGGGGAGGAAUCCGAGGUCCACAGUGUGUCGCCACCGAUUUGCUGUUGUGUCAUGCCCUGGGUGGGACACCUGCUGCCCAUGGCCCGCUUGGCCCUGGCCCUUCAACGCCGGGCUCUCCGUGUCUUCUUCAUGACCACGAGCCUGGGGGCUCGACGCCUGCGUUCUCUCUUGGGCCAGGAGGCCUCUGAGAGGCUGACUCUGGUAGAGAUCGAGGACGGGCUUGGAGUGGAUGCUGAGCGAAGGCUCGCCUUUCAGCUCGAGGAGCCAGGCCGAGAGCCCGUUUUGGAGGCGAACUUGGCAGUUGAAGCCUUGGUGCAGGUGCAAGUGCAGCGCCUCAUGGGGUUAGGGGUGCAAGACUUCGUACUGGACUGGCUCAGCUUUGGCUUUGUGAACAGUAUACGUGCCGGCGGGGGGCGAUACUGUGUGUCAAUGCCUGGUUCAACUUUUCAGGCGGAGUUUUGUGCCGAAGGGGCGGCAUUUGAAUCGGAAAACUAUGCAAAAACACAGGACGCUAUCCGGAACAUGCUGGAGGAAACCAGGAUUUUCGUUCACAGCCUUCCGAACAUGGUUUGCAACAGCCCUGAACCUCUUAGUGGUCAGAUCACUUGUGUGGGCAUCCUUGCCAGUGCUCUGCAAGCUCUACCACAGGAUGCGGAAGCAUUUCUCACUUCUGCGGGCCCUCCUGUGGUGUAUGUAUACCUGGGAUCGUUAGCAUGCUUGAGUGCGAUGGAAUUGGAAGAGUUGUGCAAGGCACUUUCCGUACCCGGCACGUUCCGAGUCAUAUGGUCUUUGCCGGAAGAUUGGCAAGUGCAGCUUCCCAGAUCCGUCACGGCAAGUGAGGAUUUUUUCUUGUCCCAGUGGCUGCCGCAGGCUUCGAUUCUCGCACACCCUGCAUGCUCCGCGGCAUUAAUUCAUGGAGGCUGGGGUUCGCUUCUGGACGCGAUCCAGUUUGGCAAGCCCGUGGUCGUGCUUCCGAUCUUUGGCGACCAGCCCCUGAAUGCUCAGAUCGCCGAGUCGAUGAAGCUCGGCGUCGCUCUUCCGCUUCCGCGCAGUGGGCGGAGCUGGAGCUGGAAGCGCAUCCAAGAGUCGAUCCAGGCGGUUCUGCAGACUCCUUCCUUCUCCGAAGCGGCCCGAACAUGGCAGGAGGAGGCGGCGAAGUUCGGGGGUGCGGAUUACGCUGGCGAGGUGGUGACGGGUCAUUUUCGGCGGGAGAGGGAGAAGUCUAGAGAAAACCGGAGAGAACUCGAGGUUGCCGUUGUGGAGUUUGCGGAAGAUUGGCGCCCACUGAGUUUCGAGGACACGGAUGCAGAUGAAUCAGAUGAUCUGUUGCCAAGGGGUGCUCAACUAGAGAUACUGCUCGUGCAGAGUGCCAUGCUUCUCGGACUUGGCGAUGAGAUAACGUGGUGGUUAUUGAGGCUUCGCGUCUACAGGGAUUCUCAGCGCUUUCUUUGUCACGGAGAAGCUGUUCUUCGAAAUCUGGAAGGACGGGAUGUGGUUGAGCUGGUUGCUUUGGCCGGGGCUGUUCACAACAGGCUGUUGGGACAAGGCGUCCCACUAGGGAUUGCUUCUCCCGUUCUGAAUGGGGAGCCACACCGGCCGGCCGAUUUUUCAGUGGCAUGGCUUGCGUCUCGGAGCAUGCUGCACGGCAUCGUCGACAGAGGUGCAUGCGAAAGCAUCUCAGAAGCGAAAUCGGCUAUGGCUGGUACCAUCGCAGGCAUCGGCAAGGAGGGAUUGGUCCAUGUCUCCCUCCUGGGACGCAGGCACAAGAUUGUCCCUCGUGUUAUCUCAACAGGUCUUGCGACUGCACCCACCUCUGCUGUCCAUUCGCCCAAUUCCGUCUUCCCGACGCCGCUACUGCCAAGAGAGCGGUCCCAGGCCUCGCGGGCGCUUGCACCCGAGCGUGGCCGUGACCGCCGAAGCAAGUCCGUGACCACGGUCACCGCCGUCUCCGCGUGGUAG